AUGGCCGAUUCCCGCGGUCCUUUGCAUUGUGCUGCUAAGUUGGGACAAGACGCUGCUGUAUGCUGGUUACUUGACCAUGGGGUACCAACGGAUUCUAGGACCUCUAAGAGAGUCCCGUCUAGAAAUCAUCGCCAGACCCAAAAGGCUGUCCCGGCUUUUCACUCACCAUUAUACGCAGCGAUCAAAAUGUACAAGGAGUCUACGGCUCUGAUUCUGUUAUCACGUGGUGCCAAUAUGUGGUUUGCGCAACGAGAAUCUCCUGGUAACCAGUUCCAAGAAGCUGCUAUACACUGUGCCGCCUUUCGUGGCUUAACAGCCGUGGUAAGACACCUCGUUCUAACAAUAGCAAUCGAUGUCGAUGAACUUGAUAGCCGUCUCGAGACACCUUUGCAUCACGCGAUAAGGCAGGGUGAUAAUCAGAGUAUGAUCAAGACAAUAUUAGAGCUUGGUGCCGACAUAGACAAAGAACACGGUUCGGAACUUCCUAUAACUACAGCGAUUUCGUGCCAAAAUUUUACCAAUGCGAUGGCAUUUUUGGAUGCUAGGCCAAGAGUGAACAUAAGCAGCACAGGGCCAGGGAGCAUGUCUCCAUUGGCAGUAUGUGCUUUGUAUAUACGGGGAUCUCUAUCCGUAUCAGAGAAUGAGAUGCCGGCAUUAGAGCAACGCAUGCUAUUCGACCAACUCAUCACGUGCGGAGCCGAUGUAAAUGCACCAUGCAAUGGAUUAGAUACACCUCUCGGCAUUGCUAUACGAAGGGGCACCGCUACAGCAGUUUAUGAACUCAUUAAAGGAGGGGCUGAUAUAGAGAAAUGUACAGGGGCCCGUCAGCUUAAGCCAAUCGAUCUCAUAUGGAAUCUUCAAAACACCAUAGACAUCGCUAUAAAAGGAACUAUCUUAGUUGCAGCAGGUGCUCGUCUAGAUGUUCCUUCUAAGGCAACUUCUAAAACAUCUCUAGAGAGGGCUAUGUUUUAUGAAUCUACGGAGAGUCAACCAAUUCUCAGCGCGCUCCUCUGCUCAGCAGGCCGACAAAGUUUUCGGGACGGAUAUCUUGACGAGCUUCUUCAAUGUUGCCUAGAGAAACGCUCCUACGGGCCUGCAAAGAUCUUGAUGCAUCAUGGGGCAUCCUCACGGGGAGCAAAGGAAGCUGCUUAUAGCUGGGCCAACGAGAUAGCUAGUGGCCUUCCAAAUGGUUCCUCUCGUCGGGAUUUAUCACUCUGCCUGGAUUUCCAGUUUUCCGACGAGGAAAUCGAAAAUCUCUUCACAAGCGCGCUGCAUUCCACGAAUGAGGAACACUGUCAUUUGUUUAUAGACCGUGGCGUGCUGUCGUUUUCUAAGGGGCCCAAGCCGUGGCUACACCUAGCCGCAAGAUAUGGCUACUUUUCACUCACGCACCGCCUAUGCAGGGCAGGAAUGGAUCUCAAUGCACUCGAUGACAACUUUGAGCCACCUAUGAUGAUAGCGCUGCGAGCUGAAUAUCCUACCAUAGCUGACCUACAUUUCGACCUCGGAGCGGAUCCCUUUCAUCCUCGGCCUGAUUCAGAAUGCCGACAGUCGCAGGAUCUACCAACGGAAAUCAUAUCGCCUUUCGAGUAUGCCGUGCGUCAUUCUUACUACGCAUAUGCGAACAGAUGGUGGCGAGAUUCUCCGCCGGACUUUGUACCCACGGAGGACUUCUGUAUUCCCCGUGUUAUCGAUGCGGGCGACGAGUGCGCGGGAUUUAUCGAUGAACUGCGCCGUUCUACUAGAAAUAGUUCGAAAGAUACCGAGGAGCAACCUACCCGCCGUCAGAUCGCGGAAGAUUCCUUUGAAGAAAACAGGUUUGAUGAAAAGAUAAUCAGCGUACAGGGACGGUUAACGGACAUUUUAGGGGAGAGCAUACUGGACCGGGACUGGGGUUGCAACGAUUUUUAG